UUUCGGUCGCCGGCGCCCGAGCCCUUACCGCGCUUGCGCAAAAGCCUUUGGGUCCCGGAGCUGGCUCGGGAAGGACCGACCCGCUCAUGGCUCAGCGACCCCUGCGAGUAUUGGCCUGUGGAGAUGUGGAAGGAAAAUUCGAUGCGUUGUUCAACAGAGUACGAGCCAUUCAGAAGAAAAGUGGAGACUUUGAUCUGCUGUUGUGUGUAGGCAGCUUCUUUGGCUCCAGCUCAGAUGCCGAAUGGGAGGCCUACAGGAAAGGCGUCAAGAAAGCUCCCAUCCAGACUUAUGUGCUUGGUGCCAAUAACCAGGAAGCAGCCAAAUAUUUCCCCGAUGUCGAUGGAUGUGACCUAGCAGAGAACAUAACUUACUUGGGUCGUAAAGGUGUUUUCACGGGAGCUUCCGGAUUGCAGGUUGCCUACCUCAGCGGAACAGAAUCCUCGGCUGAGCCCGGCCCGUCUUACAGUUUUAGUGCCAAGGAUGUGACGGCCCUGAAAGCGUCUCUCUUGUCGACGUCCCAGUUUAAAGGGGUGGACAUCCUGCUGACAUCGCCGUGGCCCAAGGAUGUGGGGAACUAUGGGAAUUCUCCUGGAGAAGUGGAUACCAAAAAAUGCGGGUCGGCCUUGGUGUCCAGUCUUGCCACGAGCCUCAAGCCGAGAUACCACUUCGCCGCCCUGGAAAAGAUCUAUUAUGAGAGACUUCCUUAUCGCAACCAUGUAGUCCUACAAGAAAACGCCCAGCACGUCACCCGCUUCAUCGCUCUGGCGAGCGUCGGAAACCCAGACAAGAAAAAGUAUCUUUAUGCCUUCAAUCUUCUUCCAAUGAGCCUAAUGGAUGGGGCCGAACUGGUGAAACAGCCACAGGAUGUCACGGAAAACCCGUACAGGAAAUCCGGGAAGGAGACGGCCCGAGGAAAGCAGACCCCGCUCUCUCAGGAAGAACCGGCUUGCCAGUUCUUUUUCGACUUAAGCAAACAGCAGGGAAAGAAGCGCCCGUCCUCGGGAGAGGGGAACCACUCUCGUCCCAAGCAACUCCGCCCACCCCCUCAGCCGCCAGGACCCUGCUGGUUCUGUCUCGCCAGUCCCGACGUAGAGAAGCAUUUGGUGGUCAGCAUUGGCACCCACUGCUACCUGGCCCUGGCCAAAGGCGGCUUGACCAGCGACCACGUCCUCAUCUUGCCCAUCGGACACUUCCAGUCGGUGGUGGACCUUUCGGCGGAGGUGGUGGAGGAGCUGGAGAAGUACAAGGCGGCGGUGCGGAAGUUCUUUCAGAGCAGAGGGAAGCGGUGUGUGCUGUUUGAGCGGAAUUACAGGAGCCAUCACCUCCAGCUGCAGAUAGUUCCUGUGCCGCUGGACCUCUGUACAACUGAGGACAUCAAGGAAGCCUUCAUCGUACAAGCUCAGGAGCAGCAGAUUGAACUCCUGGAAAUCCCAGAACACUCGGACAUUAAGCAGAUUGUGCAGCCUGGCGUGCCCUACUUUUAUGUGGAACUGGACACAGGAGAGAAGCUUUUCCAUAGAAUCAAGAAAAAUUUCCCUUUACAAUUCGGAAGGGAGGUGUUGGCCAGCGAAGCCAUCCUCAACAUCCCCGACAAGUCCGACUGGAGGCAGUGCCGGCUCGGCCGUGAAGAGGAGGUGGCACAGUCUCGGCUCUUCAGGGGGGACUUCCAGCCCUUCGACUUCGCCCUGGAUGACUGAGGGACUGACUGGGGCUGAAGAGGCUUCUCCCCUCCCCGCAUCCCCCCUUUGUAAACCUAGUCAGCCUGGAGACGCCCAGGAAAGGGGUAGUUGGACUUUUAAGGUCACGCCUGUCUCCCAGAAGCGUUCCUGGCACGUUGCCUCAGAGCCGUGGCUGGGAUACCCCGGAGUUCUUCGGUACCACGUGCCCCUCCUCUCUCCCUCUCCCUGUGGGAGGAGGCGGUGGCCAUUUGCGGGUAGUGGAAGAGCCGGAAGAUCUCUCCCCCUGCUUCUGGCCGAGGAGAGUUUGGCAAUGAGGCGCGCGGGACUAAAGCGCAAACUUGGAGGCAGAAACCCGUUUUAGCUGACAACCCGCCCUUGUCCCAUCUCCGGGUACCAGCAGCUCCACCCUCAACAUUUCAUAAGUUUUUAACCACAAGAAUAAACUCCCAUUUAUUUUAUUAUUA